UCACCACACUGGGAAAUGCCGAUGUUCCCUGUGAGUGGAGCUACCAUGCAGCGUACCGCCUUGCUUGAGUUUGUCCUGACAAGUCUGUGGCUCUCUGUUGGUGCCCAAGAGAAUAUCCACUGGGAAAUUCAGCGUUACGACGGUUGGUACAACAACCUCAUGUAUCACAGUCACAGUUCGACAGGAUCCCGGUUUUCACGCCUGCUGCCGGCCAACUAUGCAGACGGUGUCUACCAAGCCCUGCAGGAACCGGCCGUCCCCAACGCACGCGAGCUCAGCAACCUGAUCGCACAAGGCCAAUCGGGGUUGCCCUCCCACGACAACCGAACUGUUCUUGGCGUCUUCUUUGUAGCUGCCUCCGGAUCUCAACUGCAGUAUUUAGGGCCAAGCGACACAUGGGGGAUGGAGGUCUUUUACAUCACUGGUUGCCUGAUCCUUUUAACUGGAAUGCCUGGGACUGAACUGCCUCCGUAUCACACAGAUACUCAACCAUUGAGCCAGGGGGUCUCAGAACAAAGUAUUUCCCAUCACCUAAGUCCCGUGGUGCUGCAGUUCGGCAGCGAGGUGGAGCGCAGAGAGUUCCUCGUGCAGCUCAAAGUCUACCUGGAGAAAAGCCGGCUGAUUAUGCACACCUCCGAGAUGAAGGAGCGUAAGUUGCUGAAGAAGGCGGUAACCAAGGAGCAACGGAAGAACAUCUUGGAGAUUUUUUUCCGGCAUUUAUUCGCCCAGGUCUUAGACAUCGAUCGCAUGGAUGCUGGGGAACUCAGCUUGGAAACGUCACAGAAAGUCAAGGAAGCCUUGAAGUGUGAGCUGAGCCGGGUUGAGUUUGCGGAUGCUUUGGGGCUGAAGCCCCAAUCCGUGUUCGUGGACUCCAUGUUCUCCUUGGCGGACAAAGACGGCAAUGGCUACAUCUCUUUCAGGGAGUUCCUAGACAUCCUUGUGGUCUUCAUGAAAGGAUCUCCCCAAGAGAAGUCCAAACAGAUGUUCACCAUGUAUGACAUUGAUGGAAAUGGGUUCCUUUCCAAAGAAGAGUUCUUUCGGAUGCUGAGGUCCUUCAUCGAGAUCUCUAACAACUGUCUCACGCGAGACCAGACGGAGCAGGUGAUCGAGUCCAUGUUCCGGGAGGCGGGAUUCCACGACAAGGAGGAGCUGACGUGCGAGGAUUUUCACUACAUGUUGCGGGACCACGACAAUGAGCUCCGCUUCACCCAGCUCUGUGUUAAAGGCGUUCCUGACAGAUUCAGACAGCACAUGAACAAUCGGGUCUCUUUCAUACACAAGGACAAAGAUACCAACCUCUUCCUAAACAAGGACAUCUCCUUCAAUCCUGGUCAAGAGGAAGGCACAGGGCCAGAACUGCGGAAGCGGCCGGGCAAGAAAUCUUUAACGCAGCCGCAUCUCUACACCGAGGCACGGAGGGAGAAGUACCGGAAAGGGCUCGUCUACCAGAAGAUCCAGCAGUUCAAGCGCUUCAUUGAGAACUACCGCCGCCAUAUCAUCUGCGUGGUGAUUUUCUCAGCCAUCACGGCUGGCGUCUUUGCGGAGAGGGCUUACUACUAUGGAUUUGCAUCGCCCCCUUCCGGAAUCGCUGAUACAACAUUUGUGGGCAUUAUCAUCUCCCGAGGAGGAGGCGCCAGCAUCUCGUUCCUGUACUCGUUCAUCCUGCUGACCAUGUGUCGGAAUCUCAUCACCUUCCUGCGGGAAACGUUCUUCAAUCGCUACAUCCCCUUCGAUUCUGCCGUGGACUUCCACCGUUGGAUCGCUACGGGGGCCCUGAUCUUUUCAAUUCUGCAUACUUUGGGGCACGUCGUCAACGUCUAUAUCUUCUCGGUUACCCCACUCAGCAUCCUAUCGUGUCUCUUCUCUAAAGUCUUUACAGAUGACGGGUCCCAGAUACCCCCUAAGUACUACUGGUGGUUUUUUGAGACUGUCCCAGGCAUGACCGGGGUGCUGCUGUUAGUCAUUCUUGCAGUCAUGUAUGUCUUUGCCACGCAUUACUUCCGGCGCAUUAGUUUCCAGGGUUUCUGGAUCACUCAUCAUCUUUACGUCGUCCUCUACGUCUUGGUUAUCAUCCACGGCAGCUACGCUCUGAUCCAGCAGCCCCGUUUCCACAUUUAUUUCAUCGUCCCGGCUCUCAUCUACGGGGCAGACAAACUCAUCAGCCUGAGCAGGAAGAAGGUGGAAAUCGGCGUGGUGAAGGCGGAGCUCCUCCCUUCAGGCGUCACUCGCCUCCAGUUCCAGAGACCAGAAUACUUUGACUACCGGUCUGGGCAGUGGGUGCGGAUUGCCUGCUUGUCUCUGGGCACCAACGAGUACCACCCCUUCACUCUGACCUCCGCUCCCCACGAGGACACGCUGAGCUUGCACAUCCGAGCCGCUGGGCCCUGGACAACCCGGCUUCGAGAGCUCUACUCCCCGGAAAGCAUCGCAAAAAUUGGCAAGUACCCCAAGCUGUACCUGGAUGGGCCUUUUGGAGAAGGGCACCAGGAGUGGAAUAAGUUUGAAGUGUCUGUGCUGGUGGGAGGGGGCAUUGGGGUGACCCCCUUUGCCUCCAUCCUCAAAGAUCUGGUCUUCAAGUCGUUGGUCGGCUCCAAGAUUCCCUGUAAGAAGAUCUAUUUCAUCUGGGUGACACGAACGCAGCGGCAGUUCGAGUGGAUGGCUGACAUAAUCCGUGAGCUGGAAGAGAAGGACCAGCGCGAACUCGUCUCCGUCCAUAUCUACAUCACUCAACUGGCGGAGAAAUUCGACAUGCGCACUACUAUGCUGUACAUCUGCGAGAGGCACUUUCAAAAGGUCCUGAACCGCAGCUUGUUCACUGGUCUGAGGUCCAUCACCCACUUUGGACGGCCACCCUUCAUCCCCUUCUUCUGUUCCUUGCAAGAGGUCCAUCCUGAGGUUAAGAAAAUCGGGGUGUUCAGCUGCGGCCCUCCAGGCAUGACCAAGAAUGUGGAGAAAGCCUGCCAGAAGAUUAACAAACGGGACCAGACCUAUUUUGUGCAUCAUUAUGAGAACUUUUAGGCCUUUGGCUGACACUUGCGGGAGGGAGGGCAUGCCACUGUUUGCUGUAACACCCACCCCACCCACCGCCACCACGAGAAGGGUUUCAUGGGGUGAUAUUCAUACUUUCUGUGCCUUGAGGAAAAGGCAGGUUACGGCUCUACUAAAAAAAUUCAGUGCCUAAGAAGCUGUUGGUGUUUGCCAAUGCAUACCUAUUGAGAAAAUUAGCCCCUGAACCACUGUAAGAGAUCUCUCAGAUGGAUCACUGUCUGUUUUAACAGAUGGUUUGUGUCACCCCAGAAACCUUUGGCAAACAUCUUUUUAAAUAAACCCCUUAUUUACCCCAAAGGGAGACUGAACGUAUCAAGAAAAAGAGGAUCUCAACUUAAAACCCACACACAAGUUACAGUUACAUACAGUAAUUAAAAAACCUUCUAUGUACAAGUUUUUUCAAAAGGGUAUUUGUCAUAGGCUCAUUCCGCACAUGCAGAAUAAUGCACUUUCAAAAUGCUUUCAGUGCUCUUUGAAGCUGUGCAGAAUAGCAAAAUCCACUUGCAAACAGUUGUGAAAGUGGUUUGAAAACGCAUUAUUUUGCGUAGGUUAUAGGAAGGGGCCAUAGAUUCGGGUCUUCUUCCGCUGGGGCAAAUCCU